AUGGGCCGCAUUGACAAGGCUGCCUGGGAUGCUUAUUAUGAAGUCAAUUUCCUCUUCGCCGAAGUGAUCACCUCGCAGCUGCAUGAUGGAGAUUCUAUCUGGAUUCAUGACUAUCAUUCGAUGCUUCUUCCGCAGUUCCUCCGUGAAAGGACGCAACUGAAACUCCCUACAAACUCGAGCCAUGUGCAGUUCAACGGUUCGAGUGUGGCUGUCGGUGCCUUUCCAAUUGGUAUUCAGCCUGAACGCUUCGCAGAAACGAUUCAAGAAAGUGACGUUCAAGAACGAAUCCUCAUCCUCUCACAGAGGUAUCAAGGCGCGAAAUUGAUAGUCAGUGUCGACCGAUUAGACUAUAUCAAAGGCGUACCCCAGAAACUGCAUGCGCUGGAAACCUUCUUAACUCGCUACCCUGAGUGGGUAGGGAAGGUAGUUUUGAUGCAAGUCGCCGUUCCAACGAGACAAGAUGUGGAGGAGUAUCAGAGUCUCCAGGCAGAGGUCAAUGAGCUAGUAGGCCGGUUAAAUGGAAAACACGGAUCGAUUGAAUUUUCGCCAGUCAGCUUUUUAUAUCGGUCACUUGAUUUCGAAGAAAUUGUGGCACUCUAUGCGGUUUCAGAUGUCUGCUUAGUCUCUUCUACUCGAGAUGGCAUGAACCUAGUGUCUUUGGAGUAUAUUGCAUCCCAGCGUCUGAAGCAUGGAAGCUUAGUGCUAUCUGAAUUCACUGGUGCUGCAGAGGUUUUGGACGGGAGUAUCAUCUUUAAUCCAUGGGAUGUCGAAGAAUCUGUUGAUGCUCUCCAUGGAGCGCUUACUAUGGGGGAGGAGGAAAGAGUUGCAAACUUCAAGAAGUUGGAAGAGUAUGUGAUGCUAAAUACCAGCGCUGCUUGGGGUAAAGAUUUCACCGAUCGACUCAUGAAAGGGUAA